UGUCGGCCUGGCGGGUUCCAUCAUAGAGACGCGGCGGCCGGAGCGGCGGUGGGGGCGGAAGAGGGUCUACCCGCAGAGGCCCAGCGCCAGUGCGGGGGUAGCGCAUCGGGGCGGAGGCGGCCGCGGGCCGCCUGGGCAGAAUGUCACAAUGGACGAGGGGGGCACACCCCUGCUUCCUGACAGCCUGGUUUACCAGAUCUUCCUGAGCUUGGGUCCUGCUGAUGUGCUUGCUGCUGGGCUAGUGUGCCGACAAUGGCAGGCAGUGUCUCGGGACGAGUUCCUGUGGAGAGAACAGUUUUACCGAUACUACCAGGUGGCCCGAGAUGUGCCCCGACACCCAGCGGCUACAUCCUGGUAUGAGGAGUUCCAGAGACUGUACGAUGCAGUGCCCUGUGUGGAAGUGCAAACUCUCAAGGAGCACACAGACCAAGUCCUACACCUCAGCUUCUCCCACUCUGGCUACCAGUUUGCUUCUUGCUCCAAGGACUGCACCGUGAAGAUAUGGAACAACGAUCUGACUAUCUCGCUGCUGCAUAGUGCAGACAUGCGGCCCUACAACUGGAGCUACACCCAGUUCUCCCAGUUCAACCAGGACGACUCCCUGCUGCUGGCCUCGGGAGUGUUCCUGGGGCCCCACAACUCCUCAUCAGGCGAGAUUGCAGUCAUCAGCCUAGACACCUUUGUACUGCUGUCCCGGGUGCGCAACAAGCCAUAUGACGUGUUCGGCUGCUGGCUGACAGAGACCAGCCUCAUCUCCGGGAACCUGCACCGCAUUGGCGACAUCACCUCCUGCUCUGUGCUCUGGCUCAACAACGCCUUCCAGGUGCGGGCGGGGCGCGCUCCUGCUGCCAGCGCCCCCUCCUCAGCCCGGUGCCCACCCCCCUGUGCUCCCCCUCAGGACGUGGAGUCAGAGAACGUGAACGUGGUGAAGCGGCUUUUCAAGAUCCAGAACCUCAAUGCCAGCACCAUCCGCACCGUGAUGGUGGCCGACUGUAGCCGCUUCGACAGCCCUGACCUCCUGUUGGACGCUGGUGACCCUGCUGGGCCCCCCUGCCGAGUCUUUGACCUGGGCAUCGAGGAUGAGGAUGAAGAUGAGGAAGCAGCAAGCCCUGGUCCAACCCGUGCCAAGGAGGGGCUGAGGCGCUUGCUGGAUGGCAUCCUGGAAGGGGGUGCACAGCCCCCACUGUCAGAGCGUGCCCUAGAGACAAAGGUGGCUGAGCUACUGGCCCAGGGUCGCACCAAGCCCCCCGAGCGUGGGACAGCUGGAGCCCUCAACAAACUCCUCAUCUUCACCACUGGCUGCCUCACCUACUCACCUCACCAGAUAGGCAUCAAGCAGAUCCUGCCACACCAGAUGACCACGGCGGGGCCUGUGCUGGGUGAGGGCCGGGGCUCCGACGCCUUCUUCGAUUCCCUGGACCACGUCAUCGAUGUGCACGGACACAUCAUUGGCAUGGGUCUGUCCCCCGACAACAGGUAUCUGUAUGUAAACAGCCGCGCCUGGCCCAGUGGCUCAGUAGUGGCCGACCCCAUGCAGCCGCCACCCAUCGCUGAGGAGAUUGACCUGCUGGUAUUUGACCUCAAGACCAUGCGAGAGGUGAAACGGGCUCUGCGGGCACACCGUGCGUACACGCCCAACGAUGAGUGUUUCUUCAUCUUCCUGGAUGUCAGCAGGGACUUUGUGGCCAGUGGGGCUGAGGACCGGCAUGGCUACAUUUGGGACCGUCACUACAACAUCUGCCUGGCCAAGCUGCGGCACCAGGAUGUAGUCAACUCAGUGGUCUUCAGCCCCCAGGAGCAGGAGCUCCUGCUGACGGCCAGCGAUGAUGCCACCAUCAAAGCUUGGCGCUCCCCACGCACUGUGCGUGUCCACCAGGCCCCACGCCCACGCCCACGCCCCUUCUUCUCCUGGUUUGCCAGUCAGAGGCGCUGAGGGCUGGAAUGCUGCUCACAGGAAUGUCCAGGUUAUGCUCUGCUCUGCUGCCAGGACCCCAUGGGAACCCUGGGCUUUGCCGGUGGCCAAGUUGCUAUCUACAGUGCAGGGGAGGGGGAAGGGCAGAGAAGCUGGCAGUAGGUGAUGCCAUAGGGAGGGGCCUUGGGGUUGCAGGCAGGGGCAGCCCAGCCCCACCUUGCUCUCUCUCUCUCUCUCUCUCACACACACACACACACACACACAAACACACACACACACGCCUCCCACAGCUGUGAUGCUCAGCACAGGGUACACAGGACACUGAGAUUCUGCUCUUCACUACCCUCUUUCUGGCCUGCCAGUCAGCAUGACAGGCACUUUGGCUGGCCUGGGGGCUCCCAGGCACCCCACUCUGGAAACUUGUUUGUAUACCAGCAAGGCUGGUGGUGUGGUCAGUUGGCCAUAGGCCCAGGCGAACUGCAUGUCACUCAUCAGCUAUCCAGGGCCUGAAUAAACAGCUGGCAACAGCA